AUUAUAUUGGGCGCAACCGGAAGCGGCAAAACUACUCAAGUUCCCCAGAUUAUCCUCGAAGACGGAAUAGCAGACGGACUUGGUGGAAAUAUCAACAUCAUCUGCACUCAGCCCCGACGCAUUGCAGCAGUCACAGUUGCACACCGCGUUGCCAGUGAGCGCAACGAAUCGGUUGGAGACACUGUCGGCUACCACAUCAAAUAUGACAAGAGACUUCCGAGACCGGGUGGAAGCAUUACGUACUGCACAACGGGGGUUCUUCUUCGGCAAUUACAGACUGGCUCAGAUGAGAUUUUAGACACCACCUCUCAUAUCAUUAUUGAUGAAGUGCACGAGAGAAAUCUUCAGACCGAUUUUCUUUUGACAAUUCUGAAGCAGGCUCUAGAUUCCAGACGAAAAGCUCGGAAGCCAGUACCGAAACUGGUGUUAAUGUCCGCAACUAUUGACCCAGCACUCUUCUCUGAGUAUCUCGAGAUUGCUGGCGACCAUGGUGAAAAUAUUCCAUGUCCCUGGCUCGAUGUUCCAGGUCGAACAUAUCCCGUGAUGGAAAUUUUCCUAGACGAUUUGAAAGAACAGCUUGUCAAGUCGCAUAGUAAGGCUGAACUCCACUUCCUUACAAACAGAGAAACAUCUAAAUAUGAAAAAGCUGAGCGUCUUUUUGAGAUUUCCCCUUCAGGAACUCUGGAGGCCUCAGAAAUCAUUGUUCCGUUGGACUUAAUGGCUGCUACCAUUGCACACCUGGCAAAAACUACCCCAAGUGAUGGUGCGAUCCUUGCUUUCCUACCUGGAAUGGCGGAGAUCAAUGCUUUGAAUCUAUUCCUGUUGGGCGAGCGACCACUGGGCGUAAACUUUGCCGAUACUUCAAAGUUCAAGCUAUGUCUGAUUCAUUCUGGACUUCGUGCCAAGCAAUGGGAGGCUUUUGCAGGUGUACCAGCCGGGUGUAGGAAGAUCAUCAUCGCAACCAACAUUGCAGAAACCUCGAUUACAAUUCCAGAGGUGCAGCACGUUGUUGACAGUGGAGAGCAUCGAGAAAAUGGUUACAAUCACGCCUCGAAGACGACUUCGCUCUCAACAGUCUGGAUCAGCAAGUCUAGUGCCAAGCAACGCGCCGGUCGAGCCGGACGAGUGCAGAAAGGAAAUUACUAUGCACUUUACUCACGUACGCGUCGUGAUUCCCUCAAAGCCGUUCAGACGCCAGAAAUCCACCGGGCCGAUUUACAAGAUGUCUGUCUUCAAAUUAAGAAACAGUCAUCCCAAUUUCCUAUCCGUGAUUUUCUUGCAGCUGCCCCUGAGCCACCACUAGCUUCCGCAGUUGACUCUGCUAUCGAAGCUUUGCAGCAACUCGACGCUCUCGACGCCGAUGAACAACUCACGGGACUGGGCCAGGUCCUCUCAACAUUACCUUUGCAUCCUUCGUUGGGCAAGCUGGUGGUGCUAGGCAUUACUUUUCGGUGUUUCGACGCUCUCCUGCUCCUGAGCGCUGCUACUGCAGGAAAGGGCCUUUUCUAUGACCGAGCUUCGAAAGAACAGCGUCUCAGAUUAAGCCUCAACUCUCAGAGUGACCAUAUCACUACAAUCAAUGCUUUCCGUAAGACACGACGACUUAGAGAUCUAGAGGGUGCUUACCAAGCAUUCUACAAUUGUGAAACAUUGGCGUGUAUCGACCCAGACAAGUUCGAUGCAAUCGACCAAACAAUGCGUAAUGUGGAAGACACACUUAUCUCUACAACCCUACUUCCCUACCCUGAGCCAUCAGGAAUCCUGGAUUCGCAGCGUGGCCCCCCGUCACUGAAUGAGAACAGCGAGAACAUUGCCCUUAUAAAGGCUCUCGCAUUAUCUUGUUUCCCGGGUCAUAUC